AUGAAUAUCGUUCAGCAGCAAGCGACUCCUCCGCCAGAGAAGAGCAGCCCAUCAGAGAAGGCACCGGAAUAUCACCCCGCAAUCUCCCAGCCACCGGCUGCAGGCAGCUACUACCAACCACCCAUGAUAUCAACAGUUUCCCACUUUGACCAACUUCCAUUGGAACUUCUUAGGAUCGUCGCGCAAGAAUUUGAUGAACAUGGCGGUUGUAAUGCUACAAAAUCAUUACGAUGUGUUUCCAGGAGAUGUGCCGACGUUUGUACCGGACUAGUCUUCCGCAAUCCGACGCUCUUGCUAAGGCCGAAGAGCAUCAGCAAUCUACGAAGCCUGCUUGAGAAACCGGAUCUGUGUUCUGUUGUGACGCAACUCACGAUCGAUACGGCGGAGUACACGGAUACUUGCAUGGAUACGUAUGACUGGGAGUACCGUGACGAAGAGCUGUUGCAAUCCUUUCUGGCUGUCUUGAAGAAGCUGGGGCGACUUGCCAAUUUACGCUCCGUGACACUGAAAUGCAGCAGUGAGUGUGUUGGCCCACAGCAGCGACGCCACUGGUGGGCUCGAAAUGUACCCGAGAGUAUCAAGUUCAGGACGGAUGUGCUGCAAAGUCUGUUUACUGGCUUGAAUUCCAACUAUGCGACGCCGAAGCUAGAUCACCUCUGUAUCGAGAAUUUGCAAGGCUGCGGGAACGAGGUAGUGGCUCGAUCUAGAGAUUUUAGAGCGGUCAUGUCGCGGAUCCGAAGAUUGGAGUUUCAAAUCGCCACCGAAGAUGUUGACGGUGAUGGCUCUUUGCCUGCGAACCUCGGUAAGAAAGAGCUUCAUUCGUUCUUUGGACAACGGCUCGUGCAAGAGUGGCUCGAACCGAUUCGCAACAACUUGACACAUCUGAAGCUGUAUUCGCGAGACAUAUAUUUUGGAUACCUUCCAAAGUGUCAUCUGCCCACCUUUCCAGUUCUGCGAUCUCUGAUGCUUGGAGGAAUGAGUUUCAGCCAUGAUGAACAACUGAACUGGAUUUUGGCACACAGCAGCACUCUCGAAGAGCUUGUUCUUGACAAUUGUCCUAUUGUCAUUGGUGUACGCAUACCGUCGACGCUGGACUCGAACAAUUACCCCAUUGAACCAUUGUUUAACUCGAGCACCACAGGAUCAAUCCUUGCACCAUCAAGCUUCUUGUACCCGGCUCGAUGGCACCACUAUUUCUCUCGCUUUGCGACUGAACUGAUCAAGCUACGAUCAAUACGAUGUGGAUUUGGUGAUUGGUAUGACAACACAGCGUUUCCGAAGUCAAAGGACCUUGGUACUGGACUCUGGGCGCAAAGGUAUCGAGUUCUGGACGACGGAUUUUGGAGGAAGCCUCCGUUCGAAGAUGGCUCUUAUGAUGGCAGUUGGAGUGAGCCCCCGAUGUACCCUGAUUGUACCGACGAAGACUGGAUCACAUUGUGUGAAGUGAAGACUGCAAUCGCAUUGCGAGUUGGUGGUUGA